CGGCAGUGUGUCGUAAUGGCUGUCAGAGACGGUUUUGUGAUUUUGCUUGCCAGUUUCAGCCUCGUAACAGGUUCCUGUCAACCAGGAAAGUUUGGAGACUCCUGCAGCUACUCCUGUCACUGCGGGACAUCAUGUGACGAGACUACAGGUGCCUGUUCUGGUUCGUGUGAUCGGGGAUGGAAAAAGGAAGUCGGUCUUUGCCAGAAACUCUACUUUAGAAAUGCCAACUCCAGCAUCUAUCUGAACAACGACCCCUCCGCCAUCUGCUCCACCCUCCCGAGUCCACCAGAUACCCCCAACCCAACUGACGUGACGUGUAACGGUACCGGCAGAUACGUCACCAUCAGGAACCCGGGGACAGGGCCUAUAUACGAUGAUGCACUCAACAUCUGUGAGGUGGAGAUUUAUGGUUCCUGUCAACCAGGAAGGUUUGGAGACUCCUGUAGCUACUCCUGUCACUGCGGGACAUCAUGUGACGAGACUACAGGUGUCUGUUCUGGUUCUUGUGAUAGGGGGUGGACAAAGGAAGGAGGUCUUUGCCAGACAAGUUCCUGUCAACCAGGAAGAUUUGGAGACUCCUGUAGCUACUCCUGUCACUGCGGGACAUCAUGUGACGAGACUACAGGUGCCUGUUCUGGUUCUUGUGAUCCGGGAUGGAGAAAGGAAGGGGGUCUUUGCCAGAAACAAAACAUUGCACUGAACAAGGCAGCAUCAACAUCAUCUGAAGUGUACGAAGACUGGUACCCAUCAAAGGCUGUGGAUGGAGACAGUGACAUAGGCGGUGAGGAUAGAACCUGUUUCCACGCUAAUAGCACUCCAUCAGACUGGACAGUGGAUCUGGGCCAGGAGUUCCAGCUGUAUGACAUCAGGAUCUACAGUAGACGUAGAUACUAUUUGAGAAAUGCCAACUCCAACAUCUAUCUGAACAACCACCUCUCCACCAUCUGUUCCACCCUCCCGAGUUCAUCAGGUACUCCCAACCCAACUGACGUUACGUGUAACGGUACCGGCAGAUAUGUCACCAUCAGGAACCCGGGGACAGGGCCUAGACACGAUGACACACUCAACAUCUGUGAGGUGGAGAUCUAUGCUUGCAGCCCAGGAAUCUACGGGGUGGACUGUAAUGUGUUCUGUCACUGCCUGGAUUCAACGUGUGAUCGCUUGACUGGAUUGUGUCCUGGAGACUGUAGACCAGGGUGGCAGAAGCAGAGGUGUGAUACAGCUUGCAUCAGCACUACUUAUGGCACUAACUGCAAGAAAGCGUGUGCUGGGCGGAAGUGUUCAGUUCCAAGUUCGUCAUGUGACCGUCACACUGGAGCAUGUGACACAGGAUGUCUUCCUGGUUGGAUUGGGGUUGACUGCACACAAGAAUGUUCCAGUGGAAAGUACGGCACAAACUGUACUAGUCUUUGCUCCGAGAGACAAUGUGCGGGAAAUUCAUCAUGUGAUCAUGUGACUGGGUCAUGUGAUUCUGGAUGUAAAGCUGGAUGGAUCGGUGUCGAUUGUAAAGAAGCUUGCAACAACACUACUUAUGGUAUUAACUGCAACAAAACAUGUGCAGGGCGGAAGUGUUUAGCUACAAACUCGUCAUGUGACCGUCACACUGGAGCAUGUGACACAGGAUGUCUUCCUGGUUGGAUGGAGGUUAACUGCACACAAGAAUGUACCAGUGGAAAGUACGGCGCAAACUGCAUCAGUAUUUGUUCUGACAGACACUGUGCGGGAAAUUCAUCAUGUGAUCAUGUGACUGGGUCAUGUGAUUCUGGAUGUAAAGCUGGAUGGAUGGGUGCUGAUUGUAAAGAAGUUUGCAGCAACACUACUUAUGGCGCUAACUGCAACAAAACAUGUGCUGGGCGGAAAUGUUCUGCUACAAAUUCGUCAUGUGACCGUCACACUGGGGCAUGUGACACAGGAUGUCUUCCUGGUUGGAUAGGGGUUGACUGCACACAAGAAUGUGAUUCCAAACAUUAUGGACCUAACUGUCGUGGCGUAUGCCUCUCCAGAAACUGUGAGGGAAACUCUUCCUGUAACUCAACGGGGACCUGUGACAGUGGAUGUUUGACAGGGUGGACACGGGCAGACUGUACAGAAUGCGAUUCCCAACAUUAUUGGAUCAAGUGCAACAUGACUUGUAGCUCCAGACACUGUGUGAAGAACUCUUCCUGUAACGCUACAGGGAUCUGUGAUGGUGGAUGUGAAGCAGGCUGGACACGGGAUGACUGUGCAGAGAAAGUUGCCACACAUACCCCAAGUCAGCAGCCUGAAGCCGCCUCUUUUCCAAUCACUGCUGUAGUGGGAGCUGUAGUCGGCGUGGUGGUGAUACUCCUGCUGGUCCUUGCAGUCAUCAUGAUCAGAAGAAGACGGGGGAAGAGUCAUGGACGCUCAACACAUGAACCAGUCAUUGCUGAUAACGUGAAACCCACACAAGCGGAAGACAUCGGUAUGUACAUGAAUGUCGGAUUUGAUAACAACGAGAAACCAGAGAACACAUCAACUACACAAAUAAAGGUUAGUAAGCAGAAUAAAUAUCAAGGCGAUUCAGAUAAAGCAGCUGUUUCUACGACUGGAACCAAGGAUACGGGCGAAGGCGGAACAGGUGACCUUGACCUCCAGAAAGUGGAGGAGGAAGAGGACUAUGACGUGUCUGACCAGCCUGAAGAUGUUGAGGACACACCAGAGGCCCCUGACAGAAACUACUACAACCUGGACGACAAUGGACGGACUCACGUGAUUGCUGUGUCAGAAUUACAGACAAGGGUGGAAGAAAUGACUCCAGCAAGUGCAGAAAAAGAAUUUAAGAGACUUCCUGAUGGUUAUGUACACUCCUAUGCUGAAUCUCAACAACCUAAAAACAAAGGAAAGAACAGGUUCAGAGGCUAUUACCCAUAUGAUUACAACCGCGUGGUGCUGCACGGCGUCAGUGAAGACAAAGACAAAGACUACAUCAACGCCAGCUACCUCGAUGGAUAUAAAGCAGAAAAGCGUUAUAUAGCAGCACAAGGACCCUACAGACCGGAAGUAGUGGUAGAUUUCUGGAGAAUGAUCUAUCAGGAGCGAUCUACAACAAUUGUCAUGGUGACGGGACUUGUAGAGACGGGGAAGAUGAAGUGUCUUCAGUACUGGCCAGAGAACGGAACAUCCAUUUACGGCGACAUUUCAGUUACCAAGGAGACAGAAACUCAACUUGCAAACUACACAGUCACAAAACUGUCUGUUCACAAUAAAUCGGAAGGAAAGAUACAUCACGUUCACCACUUUCACUUCACAAGUUGGCCUGACCAUGGUGUACCAGACACGUCCGCCUUGCAGAAAUUUAUGUGGAGGGUCAAGGUCACAACAAGACAUUAAACACAACCUAUCAUAGUCCACUGCAGUGCUGGUAUAGGUCGGACAGGGACGUACAUUGCUAUAGAGAGUCUCGUGGAUCAGGCAGCGGCAGAAGGCCGUGUGGACGUCGUCAGCUUCGUCUCCAACAUGAGAGGCCAAAGGAAGAACAUGAUACA